GCACAACGUCGGGGUCUACAAAGUCGACCAGUACCAAGUCCACGGGGACUCAGACAGACGAGUACCCGUCAGACGACCAUGCAGCGGAGGAGUGUGAUGAUCCAGAAGAUAACAACAAAUACAACUGCUUUGACACAGAUAUCCCUGGACCCAGCAGCGCCCAUUCCGAUUACGAACACAUGGAACUGCUUCCUGUCUUCAUUCGGCCGCUUGUCAUUGCCAUCCACGACCCGGCGCCAGACGGUCAUUGUGGGUUUCGUGCACUUAGUUUUGCACUAUAUGGUACUCAAGAAGGGUUCACAGGGGUGAGGACACGACUUGCUGAAGA